AUGGCAACUAAAAAGUAUGAUAGCUUCAGUGCUUUAACCAAAACAAAUACCUACUUCAUUGUCCCAACAAGAGUUUUGAACCUGUGGAGAGGUUAUCGAAGAACCGGAGAACCUUUCAAAGGCUUCAAUCUUUUGCUGCUUGAUCACAAACGAGCGAGGAUCCAUGCUUUUGUUCCUUACAACCUAGCAGAGGAGUUUGAGCCUAUGAUUAGAAUUGGAAACCUCUAUUUGUUGGAGAAUUUCACUAUUCAACAUUACAAAGUUGAUGAGAAGUUCCGUUGUCUCCGAAUGGAUUUUCAAAUUGUUUUCAACGAGGAAACGGAGAUGAACCCGCGGGAAGAAAAUUUGGUCAACGUAGAGAACUGCUGGUUCGAUUUCUUUGACAUUGCUGAACUGCCAACUCUGUCCAAGCAGAAUACAUACUUAACUGAUGUGGUAGGAAUCAUGGAGGAGCAUGAUCAUAUUCGGAGAAUCAAGAAUUGCAACGGGGUCAUACAGUCACAGCUGAUUUUUGAAAUAACGGAUGACAGAUCAAGUGUCAGAGUUACUUUAUGGGAUGACUUUGCGAGGCACUUUGCUGAAAGCUUGAAAGAAGCUCAAGAAUUUCCAGUCAUCCUUAUUCUUGGUUGUGCUAGGGUCACCACAUGGUCAGAGCAAGUAAUUUUGACUCAUGUUGGGGCUACAAAUUUCUAUAUCAACUGCAAUCACCGUAGCGUGAAUGAGCUGAGGAAACUUCUAGCACAGAAGAAGAUCUCAACAAAGAGUGUUUGCAAUGAAAACAGACGAGCAAUGAAAUAUUAUAAGCUGGAUAACAUACCAACACUAGGAGUUGACCACGCUGAGAGGCAAAUCUUCUGCAAAGUCAAACUGACUGCUUUCCAGCAAGUUAAGUCAUGGUUCCAACCUACAUGCACCUCAUGCUAUGCUAAAACUGUCAAAGUAGAAGGCCAGGACACAUGCACAGUUUGUCAAAGGGUUGUUCUUUAUGCAGAUAACAUGUUUGAGUUGUAUGCAAUUGCAUCUGAUGAAACUGGAUCUAUGAUGAUUAUACUUGAAGAGCGUGAAGUUAAGAAAUUGAUUGCCAAAACAGUCUCUGACAUUACGGAUGAGGGAAACAACGAUGACAGUUUUCCCACAAUUCUAAAUACUAUCAUUUGCAAGGAGUACACACUAAAAGUCAGAGUCCAGAUGGAUAACAUUCUUAAAAAAUCAGAAUUCUAUUUGGUUACUGAUAUUAUGCCAGGAAUUCUUACUGAAGGACACCAACAACCUCAGCUCUCCAUCCCCCAUCCCAUUGAAAGCAUUGAUGCACAGCCAUCAUCCUCAGCCUGCACUAAUGGUAUCAUAUCAACUAUCAAUCUCAAUUCCUAA